UGGAAAGUAGCGUCCUGGGCGUCCGUGGAGAAAGCGCCGACUGAGAGCCACCCCGCCACUUGAAGAUUCCUCGACAAAUUGGCGGGUUAGGAACUUCUUUUCCUAAUAUCCUUUCACUGAGAUUUCAAAGUUCCAUUGCCAACUUCCAGGGCGGGCUGAAUUGGUUACAGUGGUGCUUAUCGAUGAGAGUAUUGCCUGAGCCUGGGGGAGCUGUACCCGAGCCCCACUGCUCUGCCUCGAAGCUGUGAUUUCGAGGCCACCAAACCCGGUCCGGCCUGAGCUUUGGCCAGGCCAGCUCCUGCAGGAAUAGCUCCUGGAACUACUGGUGACAGGUUCACGCUGGUGAGGGCCAGGGAGAUGAAUGUAGCAGCCAAGUACCGCAUGGCCUCUCUGUAUGUGGGUGACCUACACGCAGAUGUCACGGAGGACCUGUUGUUUAAGAAGUUCAGCACCGUGGGGCCGGUGUUGUCCAUCCGCAUUUGCAGGGACCUGGUCACGCGCCGCUCCCUGGGCUAUGCCUAUGUGAACUUCCUGCACGUGGCUGAUGCCCAGAAAGCCCUGGACACCAUGAACUUUGACGUGAUAAAAGGCAAAUCCAUCCGUCUUAUGUGGUCUCAACGUGAUGCCUACUUAAGAAAAUCUGGAAUUGGGAACGUGUUCAUCAAGAAUCUGGACAAAUCCAUUGACAAUAAAACCCUUUAUGAACAUUUUUCAACUUUUGGGAAGAUUCUAUCCUCCAAGGUGAUGAGUGAUGAUCAAGGCUCCAAGGGCUAUGCAUUUGUGCACUUUCAGAACCAGAGUGCUGCAGACAGGGCCAUUGAAGAGAUGAAUGGGACCCUGCUCAAGAACUGCAGAGUGUUUGUUAGCCGAUUCAAAAGCCGCAAAGAUCGAGAAUCUGAGCUCAAAAACAAAGCCAGUGAAUUCACCAAUGUUUACAUCAAAAACUUUGGAGAUGACAUGGAUGAUAUGAGACUGAAGGAAGUUUUCAGCAAAUAUGGUACAACUCUGAGUGUUAAGGUGAUGACAGAUUCCAGUGGCAAAUCCAAAGGCUUUGGCUUUGUGAGUUUUGCUAGCCAUGAGGCUGCCAAAAAUGCUGUGGAAGAAAUGAACGGCAAGGACAUAAAUGGGCAGCUGAUAUUUGUAGGCCGAGCCCAAAAGAAGAUAGAGCGACAGGCUGAGUUAAAGCAAAUGUUUGAGCAGCUGAGACAAGAAAGAUUUCGCCGGUGCCGGGGAGUGAAGCUCUAUAUUAAGAACCUUGAUGACACCAUUGAUGAUGAAAAACUACGGAAGGAAUUUGCUUCAUUUGGAUCAAUUAGCAGAGUUAAGGUAAUGCAGGAAGAAGGCCGAAGUAAAGGGUUUGGCUUGAUCUGCUUCUCCUCUCAUGAGGAAGCUAUUAAAGCAAUGACUGAGAUGAAUGGCCGCAUCUUGGGCUCCAAGCCUCUCAACAUAGCCCUAGCCCAGAGGAAUGAAGAAAGAAAAACAUGCUUUGACAACCAAUAGUUGGAAGAGGCGGGGGAAUGACAGUCAUCCCUGCCUAAAUUGUCCUUAGUAAAUUUCAGACCCUGUGUGUUGGCAACUUAGUUUAGUAAACUUUGUGAUAAAAAACAGGUGCGGAUUAAAUCAGUAAACACAGUAUACAGCGGUUUAGAGUAAACAAGGUAGCGUGGGCUUGAUUGUUUUAUUUACUAAUCCAUAGUGUACUAUUUUACCUGGAAAGAAAACAGUAAAAUAAAACGUUGCCGUGGAAUUCAUAGCGACCUUAUAGGACAGGACAGAACAGAACUGCCCGCGCAGGGUUCCCAAGGAGCAGCUGGUCGAUUUGAACUGCUGCGGUUUUGGUUAGCAGCUGAGCUCUUAACUACUGCACCACCAGGUGAAACUGUGCACCACAGAUUAAUAAGUAAACACAGUUAAGCACCUGCAUACACAAAGCCAUUUGUGUGUGUGUGUGUGUGUGUGUGCGUGUGUUUAAAAAUAAAUGAAUCUUAGAAGUUUGGUUCUAAUUGCAAAAUUGUAUUUUUUUUCUUAUUUUUAUGUAGUAUUCAUAGCAAUAAGUAUAAUUAGACAUAUUUUUAUUACAUUUUGAACUAACAGAAGUGAGGUAAUUGAGUUUAUUGCAUGUUUUCUUUAUUUUAAUAAUAUUGCUAGCUUUAAUUUCUUUUAUGAAAAUAGUUCUUAUGUCUCAAAAUAGUCUCAAAAUAGUUCUUAUGUCUGAGGAUUCCAAAGAAAUGUAUUGUUACAAACACGUUUUCUAAUUUAUCAUCUGACUUUUUUUAGAAAUCAGAAGUUAAAAAUUAGACAUGGUACAAAUUGAAUUAAAGAUCUAAUUUCAUUUUUAAUUAAUGGGUAAAGUACUAGGAAAGGUAGAAUUUCUUAUAAUUUUGUUAUCAUGCCAUGAGUUUUUCCAAUAAUGACUAGAAUGGAGAUGAUGGAGGUUUUUAAUGUUGACUGCAUACCUGAUAGAUAGGAUACUCUGAUAUUCUUUCCAUUGGUUGCCUGUGAUUCAGGUCUUUGCUAGUCAUCUAAAUUACGACUUGCAUAGUAAAUCCUUGAUGCGUUUUAAACCUGCAUCAACUCAGGUGACCAAAAGAUGGCCUGGCCUUAUUUCUCUUCAUGCAUAGACAGCUUGAUAGUGUGCCUUAAGUUUUUAUCAAAUACCAAUAUUGUAAAUUUGGCCAUAUUAUGUCUGGUUGAAAAACACUGUGUUUUGUAAUCUGUAUUUUAUGUUGUUCCAUGUAAUAAUAUUCUCUCAGGGGUCAGAGAAGUGUAAAAGUUUAUUUUUAUGAACUCAUGUUUCCUUUUAUUAGACUGUGAGAUCUAUGUAACCCUUUAAAACUCACUUUUAACCUUGAUUUAAACAGAAGCUCACUCAUCGCUUUUCUGAUACAAUUAUACCACAUAGCCUGUUUUUGAACCUAAUUUUUAUCCUAGUUUAGUUUCAUUCCCAGACCUCUCCUCCCUUCUUGCCUUUUAGCCAUAUUACUCAGCUCCUUUUUAUAUUUGUUUUAAGGAUUUUAUUAUGUUGACUUGUAAUGUGUGCCACUUCAGAUCCAUUUGGAAAUAGAAGAAUAAUGUUUUUACAUUUUAAUAAUUACUUUAAAGUUUCCAAUUCACUUAUACCAAAGGUGCCUAGAAAAUUUUUUUUGUUUCGUUUGUUUUUGGCUUUGCUUCUGUUUUUUGCUUCUAUUCCUUAUAAGGCAGUCCCUGGAUUACAUGCAAGUUCCAUUCCUAAAUCUGUCUUUAAGUCAAAUUUGUAUGCAAGUCGGAACAGUUAUGUAUGGUUCCUAUUUAACAUCAGUUAGUUAAAUGUUUGUCUUAGUAUAUAGUGUACUUUUCUACAUAUAAAAAACAUUAAAGAAACACUUCCAAAUACACUAAGACGUCUUUAACAUAAUAACACAGUAAUUAUAAUAAUGUUUGAUGUGUGUCACAAAGUAGUGCCUGUUUGUCAUUGCGAACCAUUGUACGAACCUCUGAUUUUUAAUAUAAUAGGCUUUAAUGAGGGUUGGUUGGUAACUGGUAUGUAUUGUACGUAAGUCGGACGUUCAUAACCCAGGGACUGCUUCUAUUACUAGAACGGAAGAAAUUUAAAAUAUUUUUCUAUGGCAAUACUUUAUGCAAAAAUGAAUAAAAUGUACUUCUGUUUAUUUGUAAGUGUCUCUUCAUCAUCACGGUGGCUAAGAGCUAUGGCUGCAAAUCAAAAUGUCGGCAGUUGGAAUCCACUAGCCGCACUUAGAAACCCUACGGGGCAAUUCUGCUCUGUCCUAUAGGGUCACUACGAGUCGGAAUUGACUGGACGGCAACAGGUUCAGUUUUGGUUUUAUUCAUCAUCACACAGUUUCAAAAUUAAAAUUUCUUUUAGACAAUGAAAAAAUUACUGAGAAUCAUGUAAUACUUUUGUGCAGACAGAUGUUACAAUGUGUUAGAUGUUCCCCCAGUUUUUUUCUACUUAUGAAAACGUAGAUGAUUUAACAAAGAAGAGAAUCGUUGUAAAUUGUGUAAUGGCUUUCUUAAUUUGACAGUAUGCUGUGGUCAACUUGUAUGCUCACAAAACAAUUAUUUACAUCAUAAUUUUAGUGACUUUUACAUUUUGCUCGGUGAUGGUACCACAGUGUAACUAAGCUCCUAUUAAUAAGCAUAUAGGUUGCUCCUUUUUUUUUGUUCUUUCUUGGAUUGCUCUGGGAUGAGCAUAUUUGCAAGUGCAUGUGUAUGGAUGUGUCCAAUUAUUUUCUUAAGAAAAAGUGUAGAAGUGGAGUUAAUAGUUACAGAGAAAGCAAUUUUUAAAAUAACUGAUGAACAUUGCCCAAAUGUCCAGAAAAUUUGUGCCACUUACACUUCCAUUGUCAAUAUAGAGAAUGGCUAUUUCCAUAUACUCCAAAGAAAAUGAGGUUUCAUUUUUCUGUUUAUGUUGGCAAAUUUGAUAUGCUAUAUAAAAUAACAUAUAUCACAAUUAUUUUAUUUAAAUUUUUUUAUUACUACAAAUGUUAAACAUUUCUUAUAUCUAGUGGCCAUUUGUAUUUUUACAUUUGUGAGCUAAUGUUUCAUGAUUUGAGUAUAAUUUUCUUUUGGGAUUAUUUUUAUCUAUGAAUAUGGAAGAUUUCUUUACGUAGUAAGGAUAAAGCUUUAGACUUUUUUCUUCCCAAUAUUCUCUGUUUGUUAUAGUUUAAGAAUCAUUCCAA